AUGUCCUCUGAACAGAACAGAGGAGCAUGUCUUGUUGCUCGAGCAGUUCCGCCGGUACUGGCUAGCUUCACGGCACAGGACAUGUCUGACAGAUUGGAGAAACUCACCAUCAAUGACUCCACCACACAACGGAAAAUUGAUAAGAUUGCGAACAAUGUCAGUCCAUCCGAUUUUGUUUCGCUGCAAAGUAUCAGAUCGUCAGCUUUAGCUCGCAAAACGGCGACUUCUUCAAAAUUUUGCAGCAGUGGGCCAUCUCUCUUCAAUGACCUACUCAACAAGGAUCAUGGAGACGUCACUAAUGGAAAAGUGGAUACGUCAAAAGAAAUAGCUGGAAGAGAGAAAGCGAAAGAUGAGAGUGAUCAUGGAGGAAACAACGAAGCGGAGAAGACUAAAGAGAAUGACUUACUGUCGCGUGGUCCUGUGAAGAAUGUGCGAUCUUCUCAGGGUCAUCAUCCAUACAGCAUAAGUCCAAUCCAAUAUGGAACUGCAGUACAAAGCGCAGUUCAUGACUACUCAUCUUUCUCCUUCUAUGGAAAUGGAUACGAAUAUGGAAGCGCAUGGACAGAUAGCCCGGAAGCGUUUGGAUAUUUUUCUUCAUCGUCGUCACCGGACUCGGCCGGGCUAGACCAUGGCUACCAUUCCAGCUCUCCAGUUCAGAAAUCACCGCAGAGAAAUUCGUCAACAGACCACACUCUCAACAAAGAUGAGCUGUCUAAUUUACUGGAUUCUUCGGAAUUACCUGAUCCAUUGGUGGAUUUUAUACUCAAGUAUUCUCGCCGCUACACUGAAGAAAAAACACUAGUGGAGCCUCAUUCGAGUCCGAAACAUCGUCCUCCUUCUGCAGAUUCUGGCCUUGAUUCUCCAAUGUCCGCUCGUUCCGCUUCACACGCCAGUCCCGAAAUACCGACUGGUGGCAGCAGUGGUCCAGCUACGCCAUCUUUUAAUCAGACACGUCUCAGCCCGAGCAAAGGACUUGAUCGUACAGCAAAGCAGAAUCUUCGUGCACUAAUACCAGAUAGCGAAAUGGAUGAUGCAUGGGCGUGGACUCUGAAAUGUAUCCAGUUCGCUCCUGGCACACUGACUCAUCAAGACGACGAUCACGACACACUUCUACAUAUUGUUAUUUCUCAUCACGAUCUUGCUAAGAUCUACUCUCUGGUCGAACAGCAGCUUAAACUUGACAACGUCAAGGAACGUCGACCUUUUGACGUACCGAAUCGGUACAACGAGACACCAUUGUUCCUUGCAGUUCAACAACAGCUGAAGGAGGUGGUUGCAUACCUACUCGAAGUUGGUGCAGAUCCGAAUGUACAGUCAGCGCGUCCGGAAAGGGAAGGAGCUCUACACUACGCAGCCGCUAGGGGCUUCAACGACAUCAUUCUUUGUGCUAACAGAGAACUGCGUAUCAACGAGUUGAAUGGUCGUGGUCAAACUGCUCUACAAUGUGCUAUUAUCAAUCACGGCGUUAUCGACGACCGAUCGCAGAAAGUCAUUGACAGUCGCGACAUAAUUGUGACACUCUUGAAGGCUGGAGCCGAUCCCACAAUUGUGAGUGUCACAAUUAUGUCGCGACUGUCAAUGACUUUCUGCGAUCGGUCGUCGAUAACGCCGUGA